AUGUUCAUUCUCAUUAUUACGGGUUUUGUAUCUUAUAAUAUUGAAUUUGGUUUAUUGUAUAAUUUAAAAAAUAUAAGAUCUGAAACACCAUCAAUAAUUAGAUAUCGUCAACAAUUAAUUGAAAAACAAAAGAAAGAACAAUCGGAUGCGUACAAUUGGUUAGAACAUCUCUAUAAUCAAUCAUCUACAAGUAAAUUAUUCAGAAGAAAUCAGUCAAUCUUCUAUGAUUAUAUGAAUAAAUCCGUUUCAAUAUCAUCCGACUACAGCAUAUUAGAUUAUAAUAAAACCAUGGCAACGACGACAAAAGCAAUUCAAGAAGACAUGAUUGUAAUAACAAUAUUGUUUACUUCAAAUGGUAAUAAUCGUCACGAGGGCAAAUUUUACAUAGGUCAGACAUUAAAAACAUUGUUAGAACAAUACGAUGAUCCACGAAUAAUUGUGACAGUAUGUGAAACUAGUCAUUAUAAUGACGGACAACAACAGCCGAUUAGUGAUGAAACAAAACUGAUUCGAAAGUUCGUUCCUCUUUACAUUGUUCAUACACAAGCAAUACAUACUCGUUCAUUGAACAUUAAGCUAAAUGAAUUUGAACGAGAAAAACAGGCAUAUUUAAAGUGUUUAAAAGCUAAUUUUGACUUAUUUCCAUCUGUUAAUUAUGUACUAUUCUUACAAGAUGAUGCAAAACCAAUUGAAAAAUUUUUUUUACGUACUCUACUCUAUUUAAUUGAUCAACGAUUUAAACAGUGGAAAGAAAAACCAGCAUUUCUUAAAAUAUAUCAUCCAAGAUGGUUACUUGAUUAUCUAAAACAUCUGUCAUUCUACAUUAUAGUACAAUUAUUUUCAAUGAGUCUAUUGUUGACAUUUAUUAUUUACACCUAUUUAUAUUAUCGCUAUUACUCGUUAAAACCAAAUAAUGUAUUUUCUAAAAUUUAUUAUUAUUUAGAAAAUAAAAAAGGUUUUACAUUAAUAUGGCAUGUUCUGUUUAGUAAUGAAAAAAUUAAUUAUUUUCUCUAUUAUUUUUUAUUAAUUACAACAGUUUUAUUUCUCUUAAAUCAUUCGAAUGUAUCGUGGUCAUGGCGUCGUUUACAUCCAAGUUUAUAUGCGAUUUAUCAGACACCAUCGUGUUGUUUACCGGCUGUUAUUUACUUUCGUCAAACUUAUUCGUAUGUUUACGAUUACCUUUAUAAAACACAAUGUAACGAAAAAUAUGCAAUUGAUACCGCUUUCGAUAAUCUCCCACAAUAUUAUAAUUAUAAAUUGAGAACAUUAGUACUCGAACCAAAUCUGAUACAUCAUAUUGGCUUAUAUUCGAGAUUAAGACAAUCAUAUAUUAAUCCAUAUCUAAUUGAUUAG